UUCCGCAUGUUGUUUGAACUCUGAUUUCGUAUACUUUAGAUGCGCUUUUGCAACACAUUGUUAACACACUUGACCGUAAAUAUCAUGAUGCUACGUGUAAAUCCACGAUUAACUUUUCACAUGGUAGCGUUUCUAGCUGAGAGGAACCACAAAUCUCUAGGCCUAUAGCUUGUAUGUGUGUUUGCGUGUGACUGUGCUAGGAAAGGUGCCACAGAUCGCAACGAAAUAUCGCGUCUUUUGAUCAAUUAGUUAGUAUACUAUUAGUGCGCUACUAAACAUUCCUCACAUUGUCCGAAAUGUAAUGUUUUAUGUCCAUGUUUGGCAUAGCACCCAUCGGACGCUGGUUUCUUCUUUUUAAGUUUUAAAUUAUUGAGCCAAAGGAAACGGUGCAACGGCAGCAGUAGCAACACCAGCUAUUUUCUUAAGAUCCCUAUCAUAAUGUAAUAAUUGAGCAUUUAUUUAAGUCUUUGGUGUAAAUUUUGUGCUAAAACUACAUCGGUUACUAAUCUAGCGUUAGCUUAAGCUUUAUUUCCAAACCAAAGCCAUUCGCAAUUCGAUUGCGAUGAGCGGUAUGUCGGCGAAGUUAUUAGGUGCAAAUGUGUAUUGUACAAUCGGUUGUAAAUGACUAAGGUAGUUCUAAUCCACUUUGUGAACAAAUUGACCCUCGUUUCUAACGCAAUCCUUAAGUUCAGUUUUACUUUAAUACCAUUAUCGGUUAAGUCAACACAUCUGUUCCCAAGGUUUUGUUAGAAAACUCAGACAAAACACAUGCACAAAUGCAAUUCAGACACAAGGCAGUGAGAGAACGGUCGCAUAAGGGGGGUGUACUGCGAAACGGCGGAGUAGAGGUGUGACGAAUCAUAGAGCAAAUCAUUAACAAAUCGAAAUAACAAUACAGUAAACCAUUGUGAUCGAAUCGAAUCUAAUAUUGAACAAUGAUAAUUAUGAUAGUCUUAAAGUGUGUGCAAAGCGUGCGAUAUAACAGAGUGAACCGUAGAAUCGUAUACUAUUCGGCAUUCAACGGGAAUCGCGAUUAUAAGAGGCCGACCGAUUGACUAAGGUGGAACAGGUACGUGCUGAUAGGGUAACUGAAGAAAUAAAACACUGCGGUGAAAGGCCAACGGAUAUAGAAACAAGAACCCCAUUGGAGCCUUUGGCAGGACAGUAUAUCAACGCAGCUAACACAGCACAUAUAGAAGUGACGUUUUUGUGUCGUCCUCACUUUUGUGAGCGAUGGCUGGUAGAACGUUUUUUGCAGCGCUCCUAGUGUGACCAGAUCGUAGUAACCCAGUUGUUUAGUGAUAGAGUUUUUAGAGCAGGACCGCGAGCGCGACGCUUUCCUCGAGUUGCCCUUGUGUAGUGCUUAUUUGGUUCUCCUACAGCAGGGAAUAAACAGAUCAGAGGCAGAUCACAGUAGAGAUGGUGAAGAAUGAUGUCGCAGGUGUGGCGGACAACGGAGGGAUUACUGCAAACCACACCAUACACAGCACAAAGCACCAAGAAACAGGAUAUAGACCACAAUACCAGAGCAGCCAUAUUGAGAGAAUCCACUUUUUGCAGUCCACCGACUUUUUCGAUGGGCCUUUGUUGAGCUAGUAGCUUUGUGUACUUUGGAGGUCUGUUAUUUUUGGAAACCCCGCCACUUUAUAAUCCCCCUUCCUCAGCGUGACUCAGGACAGUACCGCCCCGUGUAUAGCAGUAAUAGUGGUACAGUGUUUCUUAGCAAUCGCACUGUGCGUAUAGGAUGUAGGCGUCCAAGGAUGCGGCCGUUUGCUAGGGAAGCCAAAGCCGCGUGCUAGUAUAGUCGUAGUUAGAGGAGCCAUAUUUUUUCGCCAGGAAACCCCGCUACCACAUCCAGCCGUUGAUUUCCCACGUUUUCUUGGAUUGCGCGAACGUUUUAGGCAGAUGAUCAGUCACUCGUUUCUUUUUCAGCAUCCAACAUCGUCGUGCGUCUGCUCCCGGGGUGGGGGAAUCAUUACGCACCCAUUAGCCAGCCAGGAACGAAUUUGAAGAAAUCAUUAAUCAAAAUCACUUGACAAGAAUAAGGCGAACGACCGAAAAGUUAAAAAAAUGCAACAGAAAUGGAAAGCCAAAAAUGGGGAGGGACGAAAACCAUAAACUGCAUAAUGUACUCUAGAAGCGCAUCAGAAAUCAUUGGACAGCAAGUAACAUAAACAGACACCGUGUAAAAAGUGAACAGAAAACGUGAAAAU